AUGGCUGAAGCUGGUGACGAAUUUAGCCUUCUGGACCUUCCUGACGAGGUUAUAGUACAGUGUCUGUCAUCUCUAGACUUUCCAUCUAUAAUGAACAUUUCAGUGUCUUGCAAACGACUCAAUCAUGUCUCGAAAGACGACGAGGUAUGGAAGGGUGUCUAUUUCCACGUGUGGCCGUGCACGGACGCCGUUGCGUCUCAUCCUGUAGUCCAACAAGUACUACACUGCAACUCGUGGUACGAAUCAGCAUGCUACCGACGACGUCUGUAUCAGCAUUUGACUCACAUGAUGAGUUACCCGAGUUUCCGUCAGGAACUCGACUACGGAAAAUAUUCAACGUUUGCUCGACAUAUCGAGGCGGAAGCUUUAGUUGCGGCUAUAUUUUGUAUUGGCGUGUUUGGAGUGCCAGGCGUCGGUGACGGCUGCACUUGGCGAGAGCACCAGCGCAUUGCUCUACACUAUGCUGCAACGAGUUUCAAGUUGAAAACUCGAGUAGAAGAUGUGCUGAGAGAGUUGUUUGUGAAGACGGCCGCGUUCGAUGACAAGAACGGGCCUGGCUUAUCGGACUUUGUGCGGUAUACUGACUGGGCCAGGGAGUUCAACUCGAGUGACAUCUAUGGGUUUUUGUGGAACGUUGGAAUGCUACGAAAUCAUUGCAUAACGUACCCGACUCAGUACAGUAUGAGGGGAAUGAAUGAUAGGGCAAGACGUGCUCUGUAUGGAUUAAUCGAUUGUACCGUAAAGCGGCCAGCUUCGUUUCUAUGUGGAGGACAUCACUAUGCAUUCUCUAACCAUCCGAUUGCAUCAGACGGUCCGUUUAUUAUCGAUCCGAAAGACCCAAGUAGGAGAACAAAGCCAAUUAGUGGGCAAUACUACACAAAGUAUCCUUGGAUUGUAGUUUAUCACAAGAGUAUGGCUCUUUACCCUGAUGACUAUAAUGCGUAUACGGGAGAGCAUGACCAUUGAAUGAAAACUGUGAACCUCGCAAUAUAAUUAGUGAAUGAUGAUAGCCAAUUUGAUG